AUGGCGACAUUCCUGAAAAAAGUGGCAAUCUUAUUUGCUUCCCUCCACGUGAUUUCCAUGGUAACGUCAACUGAGGUAUGUAACCAAGGCGUUAACUGCCAUCUUCCGGAUUGCUUCUGUGGUGGGAGCGGUGAUCCGGGAAAGUUUUCCAAACCCUCGGAUAUCCCUCAGAUGGUCCUGUUUUCUUUUGACGACGCUGUAACUGAUGACAUAAGGGACAUGUAUGAUAAAUUAUUUGCCCCCAACAGGCUUAACCCGCAUGGCUGUCCAAUCAGCAUGACCAUGUUUGUAUCUCAUAAUUUCACCAACUACGAUAACGUGCGCGCCCUCUAUCGACGGGGAAUGGAAGUGGCGGUACACAGCGUCACACAUAGAGUGCCUAUAACUUACUGGAAACUAGCUACGUAUGAUGCGCUUACUUUUGAAAUUCUCCAACAGAGGAAAUAUUUGUCGGAGAAUGCGGGUAUACCCCUUACACAUAUCAAGGGCUGGCGGAGUCCAUUCUUGCAGCCUUCUGGGGACCAGCAGUUCUCCAUUUUGAAAGAAGAGAAUUUUGAGUACGAUUCAACGUUUACAUUGUCAACUAAAGACGGAAACAGCAGUAGAAUCUGGCCUAAUACACUUGACUUUGGCUGGAAUUCUGAAUGUAACAUCCCCCCGUGUCCUCGCGGGAAGUAUCCAGGAUUCUGGGAAAUCCCUGUACAGAUGCUGGAAAACCCUUCUGGUACAUCCGGGUGUCUAUACACAGACUCCUGUCGACCAGCAACAGUUGACGAAACUUUCCAGCUCUUUUGGGCAAAUUUCCAUAGUCACUACACGACUUCUCGUUCUCCUCUCUUCUUCACAAUGCACCCUGCAUGGCUGGUAGAUGAGAAGAACUUCCAGGCACUGGACUACUUUCUGUUAACGUUACUUCACUAUUAUGACGAUGUGUAUUUUAUCAACUACCAGCAAUUACUACGCUGGAUCAAAAAUCCUCAGAAACUUCAGAACAUUUCUGACUUCUCGCCGUGGGAUUGUAAGUGGGUUGACGACGAUACGUGGUGGCCAGCGACAGCAGACCAUAAUGGAAUUAAUGGCGGGAAUGUGACUAAUCCUGGGAUAUUUAUAAUAAUUUUGAUAGCUUCUUAUGCAGUUUUGUUUAACACAUUCCGUAAACACAUUUUGGAUGAUCGUACGAUUAUAUGA